UAACGUUACUGGCGCUUGGGUCAGAGGCGAACUUUGGUUUGAGCAACUUUCGGUUUGCGAUUGGUGGGUUGGAGCGAGAGCUCAGUUUCAUUUCCUAAAGUCGACGCGGAGAUCACACACACACACAGCCCGCACUCGGUGAGCUCGGCAAUGGCUCUCCUCCUCCUCCUCACCCUCCUGGCCUCGGUCGCCCUGGGAAGUGCUGAAGUCCAAUGUGAAGGGAAGAACUGUAAGCCCAGACCAGCCACGCUCCUUCCUGCCACCUCUGUGAUACCCCCAACCCCAGCGUCAUUGGAGCCAGCCAGCACUCCACUCCCCACCACCCACACGCCAACACCGGCCAAUCACACCACGCCAACACCGGCCAAUCACACCACGCCAACACCGGCCAAUCACACCACGCCAACACCGGCCAAUCACACCACGCCGAUACCAUCUAAUCAUACCACUCUAACCAAUCACACCACACUGAUACCAACCAAUCACACCACACCGAUACCAACCAAUCACACCACACCGAUACCAACCCAUCACACCACACAUUUAAUCCCACCCACUGUGGUCCCUCCGGUGCUGAGAAAGGGGACGUACAAAGUGACAGACAAGAAGGUGGUUUGUGCCUUGGCAACAAUGAAGAUCGAGCUCCGUGUUCACUACAAGGGUUACAAGCAAGAGAAGUGGGGAACAUUCUUCAUCCAACCCAACAAGACCAGGGCAUCAGGAAAAUGUGGUGACGAUUCCGUGAACAUGACUCUGACGUUCCCGCAGGGGUUCCUGACCUUCAGAUUUCUGAAGAACACCAAAGACAAGACGUACCACCUCCAGCAGAUUCAGACCCAGCUCACCUAUCAGUUCCCGGGUGCGACUGCACCGACGAAGUUCGUGGCACAUAACUCGGCCUUGCUGGUGAUGCACACACGGCUGGGCCACUGCUACCAGUGCUCCAAUCAGACGCUGGAGGCCAGCAACUCCUUCUGGGUGGACCUGGUGGACCAGCAGCUGCAGGUCUUCGAAAUCCCAAAAACACAGACCUUUGGCCCAGCGGACAUCUGCCCCAGCGACCACAAGGUGCCGGUGGUGGCCAUCGUGGUGGUCGUGCUGCUGGUCGUCCUCAUCCUCAUCAUCGUCAUCGCCUACCUGAUCAGCAGGAAGCGGAGCCCGGCCGGCUACCAGAGCAUCUGAUUGGAGCCCCGUCACCCCCGACCUCCGACGAUGAGGAGAUGCUGCUGGGUUCAGGGGUUAGCAGGUUACUGGGGUUGGGGCCAAGGGGUAUUUGGGGAUGCGGGGGGGGGGGGGGGGUGAAAGGGUGAGGGGGUUCCUCUAACCGUCUGUUGAAGAUCUGGGAUGGUCCCGGGGACGGAUGGACCUUCCUUUUGUCUCGUUGUUGCUCAGAGACGGACCGUGUGGUUGGGAAUCAGGAUGGCCAGAUUUUCGAUGUGUGUGUUUGUGCUUGGUCCGCUUCAUGUUGUUGGGGCGCGGUGGCAGGGAACAUUUCCUCCCUCCCACCUCCCUCAUGCCCCCUCCCCUCCCCUCCCCUCCCCUCCCUACCCCCUCCUCCACCAUUCCAUUCUCCUCCCCUCCCCAUCCCCUCGUCCCCUCCCCACACUACUCCCUUCCCCCUUACCCUAUCCCUCCACCUCUUCCCUUCCCACCCUCCUCCCCUUCCCCUCUGCCACCCCUCCCCUCAGCCACCAUUCCCCGUCCUCUGCCCUUCCCCCUUCUCCUGGUCCAGCUCUCAGUGCUUGCUACUUACAGUAGUGUGCGUGUGCGUGUGUGGGGGUUCAUGUUUAAAGUACCUACAGUGGGAGGGGUGUUGGGGGGUGCUGUGUGGUGUCUCCUCCUCCCCCCAUCUCUCAGCUUGGGGGUGGAGGUUGGAAGGGGAAGCGAUAGGUGGGUGGGGGGUAGUGAGGGGGCAGGACAGUUGUCAGAGAGGUUGGGAGUCCCGGACCUGGGAAUAAAGCAGGAGGCUGCGGCUGCUCUGGGAGAGCUCUUCACCGAGCCGGCACUGGUUCGAUGGGCCGAGUGGCCUCGCAGAGACCUCCAUCUCUCUUCAGGGGCUCAGUCUGGAAGGCUCAUCGACUCGGAGAGGCAUCAGCCCUGGGAAAGAGGGCGAAGGUUUGUUCUGCUGGCUGCCACUGAGGGCCAGUCAAACCCAACUUCAUUCUGUGUUGAAAACUCUGUUUGUAAUAAAAACGGAAAGGGUCCGUG